AUGGCCCGAACAACAACCACUGUCGACUCCGCUGCUACUUCUGCGGCUGCUUCCUCGACCGCCGCCGCCGCUUCAUCAACAGCUUCUUCUUCUUCUUCUUCUUCUUCUUCUUCUUCUUCUUCUUCUUCUUCUUCCUCUUCCUCAGCUUCCGCUUCCGCUUCUGCCUCCGCGUCCUCUUCCUCCUCUUCCUCCUCCUCCUCCGCCGCCGCUUCUUCUAGUGCGGCGGCAUCAUCAUCAUCAUCAUCAUCAACCUCCUCCGCCGCCUCGAGCUCCAUAACCUCCUCUGCAACCAGCUCUUCCAGCUCUUCGUCAAGCACGAGCGCCUCUUCAACAAUCAGCGCCAGCGCCAGUGCCAGCGCGACUGCCGCCGCCCAACCCAGUGGAGGCUCAUCAACCGUCACCAUCGUCUGUGGCUCCAUCUUCGGUGUCUUCGCCCUGGCCAUCAUCAUCUCUCUGAUCGGCAUUUUCCUGCACAAGCGGCGCCAACGCAAGCAUCGCAGCUCACUCGACGCCGAAAAGGCAGGCAUCGCCCGCUCCUUCUCCAGGAGGGGUGACUACAAGCGUGUGCGCAGCGUAUCCGACGUUGCCAUCAUGCAAAGCGCGAACAGCAACAACAACCCCUAUGUCCUGUCACCACCGAUAACCUCCGCCAGCAACAGCCCGCUCGCGUCGCCCGCCAUCACUCCGCCCUCGCGCGCCGCCGGUUCGCCGCCGACGCGCAACACGACCAACGCCACCGAUUCCACCUACUACACCACCGAGGAAGGCUACUCGGACGACACGACGCCUGACAUCAGCGCCUUCACCAUUAUCAACCCUUCCUCGACGGCGGGCCAGGCCUCUUCCACCCCCAACAUCCCCACCUCUCCUCCCCCCCAGUACCAUCAAGUCCAGCAGCAGCAACCGUCAGCAGACACCUACCAGCCCCUGCCUCGCGCCCGCACCACCUCCAACAGCAGCAUCCAGCUCUACAUCCCCUACUCCCAAAACGCCCCCACCGUCUCGCCGCUCGCCCGUCUCUCGACCUCGACCCUCAUCCCCCUGCAAGUCCAGCGCACCCAGUCGCCCGAGAACCCGGCGACGGGCGUGUCGAGCCUGCAGGGCUCGCUGCACAGCAACAGCACUGACUCCAACGGCUCCGGCGUGCGCGACAGGGUCCGCAACAGGCACAUGUCGGCCCCCCUCAUGACGAUGCAGCCGCCGCCGACCAUCAUCCUGGAGACGCCGAGCCCGUGCGUGGGAGACGAUGAGGUCGAGGGUGCUGCGACGGAGCAGCAGCAGCAGGGGAGGGAGGCCAGCGGAGGCAGCAACAGCAGCAGCGAUGGAGAGGACAAUGGCAACACCACCAACCCCAAGCGCCUGUCGCCACCCACGUCGCCCAGCAGCAGCAGCGGCACUCUCGCCGGCCACAGGCAAUCGGCCCUGACUGCCCUGACGGCAGCUGCGGCAUCAGCGGGCAUGCCAUCCACAUCGACUGCGUCCGGCGCUGGUAGGCGGGCACGUAGCGCGAGCGGCAGCUCGCUGCCGCGAUACUACUCGCCCCAGGCGUCGUUCGACGACGUGGCUCUGCGAACGGUCGAGGACGUGGGAAGCGAUGGUGAGGCUGAAAGCGAGGCGGCCGCAGCAAGGGCAGGUCGGCCGAGGACGGCUGAAGUGACGCCCUUGUUCAGCAGCUUGGGAGGCAAGAGGCCGAGGUUGAGUAGUAUCGUGAGGAGGAGCUAUGGGCCUUGA